AUGUUAGAUUCAAACAACAACAUUUUCAUGUUGGCUUUUGGAAUAGCAGACUUUGAAAAUGAUAACUCAUGGCUUUGGUUCUUCUCCAAACUCAGAGACACCUUUGGAGAACUCGAAGUUUCCGACAGACAAAAGAGCAUAGACAAUGCAGUACAUAUGGUGUACCCAAAUGCUUUCCAUGGAGCUUGCAUGUUUCACUUGCUCAAUAAUUUGAAAAACAAGUAUGGAAGCCAUGGAGAAGAGCUACACAUGAAAUUCAUUGCAGCAGCAAAAGCAUACACAAAAACAGAAUGUGAACAGUACAUGAGAGGCCUUGAUAGACUUGACAGACGUAUUAGACCCUAUUUAGAGAAAGUCAAAAGUUUGGUUCAAAAGUGGGUUUGGAACAACUCAAAUAAUGCAAACGGAACAUUCACAAAAGUCUCUAAAGCAACAGAGAAUGAAUUGAGACAUGACAUUGUUUCAAAAAUGAAGUAUGAGGUCUUGCCUUUCAAUACAAUAGAAUACCAAGUUCGUGAUCAAAAGGGGAUAAAUUUCACAGUAAACAUACAUAAUAGAACAUGUACUUGCAAUAGGUUUCAAGAAGAUGAAAUGCCUUGUGGCCAUGCAGUAGCUGUCAUUGCAAAUAGAAACUUGAGUGUGUAUGAUUAUUGUGCAAAGUUCUACAGAACAGAAACAUUGAAAGCAUUGUAUCAAGAAAAUGUUCAUCCCUUGCCCCAUAAAUAUGAAUGGAAUCUCCCACAACACUUGGACAUAAUCGUGCUGCCUCCAAAGACAACAAUCCCUGCUAAGAUCAAGAGGGGGACCUAA